CUUCUCCCACCUAAAGCUCAGGAACGUGUCAUGUACAGGAGAAUUGUCGCGACAGCGCGACUUUAUUGACAGCUUUCCCAUCUGCUUCUUAUUUUUUGCUUUUCAAGCGUGGUUUUUCGAACCCAAGACAUGGAAUUUAUUUACCGAUCAGACUUUCGUGCAUGCUACAGAUUGUCACUCUCCCCUGCUAAGAAGUCAUAGCAAAUGGCGUACAAAAUAUUCACUUUCCAAGGCAGCAUAGCUGCCUUUCUGCUACUAUCAUCGUCAUAUGGAUUUGGCACCAUCAAUGAGCCUGGUCUUAUUGGGCAACAUUGCGAGCAUGAGAGAAUCACGAGGGCUGCAUUUGCAUGCCACCCAGGAAACAUGGUGUCAGAUGGAAGAUGCUUCGAGCCGCUCAGUCUGGACCAGCUAGCUGGAACAUCGGGACCUGAUGGAUACGUUGGCCAAGGCUCAAACGGAGCGGUUGGGGCCCCAGACAUGUUGGACCCAGUACCAGAAGGCCCGGAAGCACAUUGCGAUAAUGCAGAUUUCUUGGAUACAGCAUCGUUGGGUUUGGGAGACGUCUAUCCUCGUACUAGAGAAGAAGCGACUGCAUCAUUGCAGGCUUGCGUGAAUCAUUUGCGACUGCGAUUCGAAGAGGGGAUCGAUGCAGCCGAUAAAAUUGUUGACGAGGAAGCGAGAAUUUUUGCUCCCCAUGUGGACUUGUCCAUGGCGUAUUGCAGAUUCUCCUUCCCGGACUUGCAGAUGCAUAUGUUUUCAAGAUCUAAAUGCUCCGCCAUAGAGGGUUUCGGACGAGCGUUGCAUGGCGUUCAGGAUUUUUACGCGCAUAGCAACUGGGCAGACGAUGCAAAACCUCCAUUCGGCCUGGCGAACCCUCCCGGACUAAAUCGCAAAGAUUAUCCUGAUUUCCUCGACUUGCGAGGAGAAAAUGAGAUCAGCGAGCAAGUUCCAUACAACCUUUCCACAGGUUGUUUUGGUGGUAUUCUGACUGAUGGCCCAGAAGGGAAAGCUGGGCAUCCCCUCGAGCCAGGUUCCAAGGACUGCUCAGGCCGCAUCACUCAUCACACUCUAAACAAAGACAACGGUAUCAUUGAUCCUGUGACAGGAAGCACCGAGAGUCCUGGACCCGGUACACCACGCAGCGAUUUUCCAGGCAAUUUUGAAAGGGCAGUUUCUGCAGCCAUUAGAGAUACUCGUCGUCAGUGGCGUCAUUUUAGGGAGGAAAUUCGACGAACGUAUGGUACAGAACGUGGAAAUGUUAUAAUAUGUGCACUUGUGCGGGAUAAUCCUACCACAGACUGCUACGGUCGUCGCGUCGCGGUUAUCGAGGAUGUUGAGAUGGCAAAGGGAAAUUCCUAUCGCAUCGCGGAGAUGCAAAUGCCUGUACACAAGUGGCUUCAAGAAGAGCUUGAGGGCAAGCCACAUGAUGAAGGUCCAGGUGAAGGCAUCACUAGCCAGAAUGCAACUAAAAGUCGAGGGUCUAGUAGUGAAAUGAAUAGGGCAGCUGCAGCAGAUGCAGAAGGCGGAGUCGAGCACGUGAACGUCUUGCCUGUUGUUAACGAAGGGCUGGACUUUGCAACCGUCCUGACGGAUCUUCUGAAGAAUACGACCGGAUUGCCCACCAACAAGACUGCUAUAAUUGCCUUGACCAGCACUAGGAAUUUACAUCUCGGAGACCAGGUUACCCAUAUUCGACGUGCUGCGGAAGAGCAGAUUCGCGUGCAUCUGGGUUUGCUGCCGCCCUCUCAGCCACAUGUUGGCCCAAUGGAGGAUGUUGAGAUUGCUCUCGGCAAAGCCAAGGAGGAAGAGCUUAUCGCUGCAGUGUUAGAAACAGGCGGAACGUAUAGUGUGCUUCACAGUCAACACGCCGUCGCGAGUUUUCUCGAUCAUGUUGUUUCUCGUGGUUUGACCCAGUACGACAAUGCCCGAGACACAGCGACGCUCUUAUUGCCAGGCUUAUCCAUAGGAGACUACGUUACACCUCUUUCCGAGCCAAGACGCUUCCAGUUCGAUGCCCACGCGAUGGACAAUGUAGUAAUUACAGUCUCACCGAUAUCUUCGAAGCUAUCAUUAAACGUUCGUGUGCGGCAUGUACGCAGAAAUGCAGUCAUCACAGAGCUCGACAUAGGCUUGAGCCGAAACGCAACCUUUCGAGCAGAGGUAAGCAUCGACGAUAUUCCUCGUGGUGAUGCAUGGUUCGAGCUUGAGGUCACGCAUAUAGAAGGCGAUGGUUUACGAGGGAGCGGCUUAUUUGAGGUGAACGUAGAGUCCGAGGACGUUGGUCUAAGUGAUGCAGAUAAAUUCGAUAAGAAGAAUGGAUACAAGCAUGACGAUCAUGAUGAACUCUGAGCGGAACAGAUGACUGAUAUAGAUCGAAACUCACGAUUUCAUUCAUUAACAUACGUAUUCAGACAGAGGGAUAGCCAACCUUUUGGCAUUAGACAUUUGCGCAGCUUUUUUUAUAGAACGGUACGAAGAGCAGACAUAAAAUUAUUAUUACGCCAAGCAUAGAAACUGCCAGUUCAAUGUAUUAGGUAGCUAGAAUAAAUCUCGUCUGGUGAUUCAUCCUUCUGGUUGAACGAAAGAUACAGCUUUCAACAUUGUGG